GUAAGUUGGCCAGCCAGCCAGCCAGCCAGCCAGCCAGCAAGCCUUUGUCGUUAAAAAGUGUAGGUAAUCAAUCUUUUGCCUUCCUUCUUCCCCCGAACACAACGCACCCUGAUUUGGACUGUAUCGGGCCGGAAACAUACCUUAAUACACUUUCAUUUUCAGGGUGCGUUAUGUUCGGGGGAAGACGGCAGUGUCUCGGCAAGUGGGCGAUCGGUCAAAAGAAGGGAAUGAGUGUCUUUCUGUGCGGCAAAAAGUGUAAUCCGAAGUGUCAUCAGUGAGGCACAAACGUCUAGUCUAAAGUGUAAUCUGUGCGACAAAAAGUGUGAUCUGCGGCGGGGGGGAAAGUGUGAUCUGUCACCCAGUCUUUGAAAGGGAUGUGAACUCGUUUAUCUGUGCCGCAGAACUAUGAGCUCGCCGUCAUUUCUAAACGAUUUGAACUCGCGAUCUGUCACCCAGUGUAAUCUGUGCGGCCACAAACUGUACUGUAAUCUGAUGUGUAAUCUGUGCGGCAAAAAAGUGUAAUCUGAAUUGUAAUCUGUGGGGCAAAAAGUGUAAUCCAUGGGGCAAAAAGUGUAAUCUGCCACCACCCAGUCGUGUAAUCUGUCACCCAGUCUUUGAAAGGGGAUUUGAACUCUUGAUCUGUGCCUGCAGAACAAUGAGCUCUACGUCGUUUCUAAACGCCGCCCGCCGUCCCUGGUCAGGAAUUCCUUUUCCCCUUCCCCUUCCCUUUUCCAAUUCCCAUUCGUGAUCUCUCAUCGCCGCCGUGUCACCCAGUCUUUGAAACGGAUUUGAACUCGUGAUCUGUGCCCGGCAGAAAUAUGAGCUCGCCGUCGUUUCUAAACGCCCCCGCCGCCGUCGUCUCCCUUCAAGAUUGUUUUCCCCUUUCCCUUUCCCAUUCCCAUUCCCACUCCCUGUCCCAUUCCCAUUCCCAUUCACUGGUCCCAUUCCCAUUCGUGAUCUCUAAUCGCCGCCGUGUCACCCAGUCUUUGAAAGGGGAUUUGAACUCGUGAUCUGUGCCGCAGAACUAUGAGCUCGCCGUCAUUUCUAAACGCCGCCGCCGCCGUCUCUCGUCAAGAUUCUUUUCCCUAUUCCUAUUCCCAUUCCCAUUCCCAGUCCCAUUCCCAUUCCCCUUCGCUGUCCCAUUCCCAUUCCCUGUCCCAUUCCCAUGCGGGUGGUUCAUCUGGAACAGUAGCGGCGGGCGAAGGAAUGACGAUGGCGCAUAUCACGGCCAUCUUCGAAGGAUGGCCGAUCGGACGAAGGGUAAAUCUGCGAGAACAUAGCAGCUACGAGGGGUUGUCGAAGACGCUAAGGGAGAUGUUCAAGGCAAGAAUCGCGGAGGAGAAAUGGACAUGCAGCAAAGCGGGAGGAGGAGGAGGAGGAGGAGGAGGAGGAGAGGGUGAAACUUGCAACAGCCUGAACGCAUUGCCAGGGCACGUCAUAGCGUACGAAGAUGCGGAUGGAGACUUAAUGCUCGCAGGCGAUAUUCCCUGGGAGCAAUUUAUUGUGACAGCGAAGAAGAUUAAGAUUGUGAAAACAUCCCAGUAUUUUGGAAGAGGACCAGGCUACUCUUAGAAGGGUACUUUGGGAGAGGAGCUCCUUGUCAGAGUAGUUGUGCUUUGUUACUUACUGCCGCUGAGCUCCACGUGUUGCACCCUUGUCUGCUCCUCCUCCUGUAGUAUGUGUUUGGUCAUGAGCGAGCAUGAUUUGUUGCAAUUGCUCAUCGGUAAUGAGGAUGAUAAAAAGGAAACAAUGAGGUAUCAGGUUACUCAGGAGAUUCUCACACUUGGCAUUUUGUUUCUCAGUUAUUUCUGGACGGAAUUGUGGGCAGAUGCAUACAGGUCCGGCUGUACAUGUGGUCAGUCACAUUUACGAUAGUGCUAGUGUGAGUACGCCUGCAGUCUUGUCUGCAUCUGGAGCUGAGACUAACUGGAUGACAGGUGUGAUAGUGCUUGUUUCCUGCUGGACGCAUCGCUGAAUGACUGGGAAGUGAGGAUUAGCGUAGUCUGGGAGGAACAGCGGGCGCACACAUCUCUGGACUCAGAAGGUCAGGAUGGAAUGUAUCUCUCUCAUUUCCUUGAGUAGAUACUUGAGAACUCCAUCUGUCCCAUUUUUGCAGUGGGAAAGCCAUCGUUUCAUCAAGGUGUGUGACAAGUAGUGCAUGUGCUAUGGAAAGGGAGACCGCUGGUAGGUAAGGUAGGUUGUGUAUGUUAGGUAGAUCCUUUUAGGUCAUGAAGUUUGUGUUGUUGACUCAGUUAAGGAGUAUGUAGGUGCUUUGAUGACUUAAGAGGACGGUCCCCUGUGUGGGUUGACAAUCCCUUGGGCCUCGCUCCACUACUCACCACAUGCACAAGAGGCAAAAAGAGUAGAUGCAGUCUCAUUUUGCACAUGUGGUGAGUAGUGGAGCCAUUCCCCACUUCUCAGUCUUUUCAUCAUUCCUCACUUCUCAGUGGCCAAUCCUCUGCCUUGUCUGGUCCUUUGAAGACUUGACCAUUCGUCAUCUCACACAGCUGGUCCUAACUCACUCGCAGCACAAACAGCUGGUUCUAACUCACUCGCACAGGUGGUCCUGACUCAUACACACCGCUGCUUCUAACUCACUCGCAGCACAAACAGCUGGUUCCAACUCACACCCCACAGAGGUGGUCCUAACUCACACGCACACAGCUGGUUCGAACUGCCACACGUCGAUCAUGCCACUCUUGUGGUUAUUCGAAUGCGCAUCCUCCGGCGCUCAUUACUCAGUCACUGUGGCAACUAAACGUCCUUUAUGGUUAGAACCAUUUUCAUUCGAUGGAAAAGGCAUCUGAUCCAAGGGCGGCGCUCAUUCGUGGUAACUAUACUUCCUUCAAGGUUCAAACCAUUCUCAUUCAGAGGAAAGCUAUCUGAUGCAAGGGGUCUGAUUUCCUGUACUAAAUGCAUCCAUUGUAUAUUAGGGUGCUCCACUCUGGGCCCAACUUCCACACCUGCGACUCCGUGGCACCAGGGAUUUCAUGAUCCUAAGCUGUUUUCUUCUUCUCCCCCCCCCCCCCCCCCUCCGCCCCCCCUACUUUUGUGGUUCUUGUUGCAGCUGCAGUUAGGUGCUGUUCUGUGCGUUACAAAGCGCUUGCGUCAAUGGUUUUUUGGUGAUCGCUCCUACGGGCUUCGAUUUGUCUCCUAUUCCAUUUUCCAAUUCCGGUGUCAUGGUCAAGGUAGUCGAGUUCGCGUGCGUCUGAUGUUUGUCGCUGCUUGUGCCGUGUUUUCAAAUUUUGGGGACCACGCCUUGUUUGUGUGCAUGUGCUGUUGUCGUAGUUUCAGUGCCAUCUCUGCUGUCUACCACUUGGGCUCUGUUCAUUGGGUACUCUUUUGGGUCUCUUUGGAUUUGGGGGCGGUCUUUUUCUCGUAGUGGCCCUUCCCAUUUGGGGCCUCUUUUGUGCCCUCUCCUUGGGGCCUUCCCAUCUAUAGGCAGUUGUUGUCCUGGAUUAAGUUUUGCGUUGCGGUCUUCUUCGAGUCUAGCUUCUGUCUGGGUCUUGCUGUCACUUAAAUCUCCUGUUCAAGAGUUGUACUUCAGUUUGUCUGUCGCGAGAUGUUUUUGUGAGUCACGUGACUCUGACGGGAUUAAUGCAACAGCGAGUUUUCUCCAUCCGAGGACACAUUUCACAUCCAUGGCUUGGCCCUCGAGGACUUCUGCACGAGGUCCCUGGAAUUGUUCAUCCUAGGUGGAUGGAUGAAGCAAUGAUGAGGAAUUACAGAUACGAUCAGCGCGAUGAAUUUUUCUCUUCUUUUUGCCAGUGUUCACUCUUUUCAGAUCCAUUCCGGAAUUUCUGGGAGCUAGAAAUGUUAGUUGCCUGGGCUGUGCCGUCUUGUGGGGGGGAGCAAAGCACAGCCUUAAAAGAGGAGCCACAUGGUCAGACGAGCAGAGACUUGAGAGAGAGGUGUCUUUAGGAGAGUCGGUUGGGUGCCCAGAAUCAGACCCAACCUCCUGAUAUCGUUUGCUGUGCUUAGGGUAGGCUUGUUCAUAGGGUAGUAGAGGCUAGACACCCCUUUGUGUUAUUCUGUGGUGUCUCUUGGAGAGCCCGAUCUUGACCCAUGCUUUCUGUCUUUUGGGUUUAGACCCCCCGACCAGACCCCCCCCCCCCCCCCCCCCCCCCCCGGCCCCCUUUCAACUAUUCUGUGGUGUCCUUAGCCGAGGCUUGUUCUUGGAAUCCGACCCUACUUUUCUGCUGUCCUGUUCUGUCUUUAGGGGAGGCUUUUUUUUGAGGGUGGAGGUAACCGCCCCACGGGCCUACAACAAUGGUGGACUAAGCAGAGUGGAAGGAGAGGAGACGUGAUGAUUGUUGAAUUAGGUAGGGGUAGGAGGUAAGAGUAUUAGCAGCUAGGACUAGGAGAGGCUGAUUUUGACCCCCACUUUGUCGUUUUCGGGUUCUGAGCCCUCCCCUUUGAACUUAAUUUGUGGUGUCGUUGGGAAGACGAUUGUUCCCGGUGUCUGUCUGGGGUGUCCCGAUGAGA